CAGGAAACUUAUUUGAAAUGAACACACUAAAAACUACUGUGCAAAUGGCUGUAGAAAAAGUCAGGUGGGCCAAGGGGUCUUCUCUGUUUCAAGAUGUGCCUAGCGCCCUCUGUCAGGUAACAAUGUUCACCCUUGCGGAUGUUUCUGAGCAUUGUUCAUUGAAUGACUGCUGGUUGAUAAUCUGUGAUAAGGUUUACGACAUAACAGACUUUUUGAGGCAGCACCCUGGUGGAGAAGAUAUAAUCUUAGAAUAUGCAGGUCGAGACGCAACCGUGGCAUUUCACGGGACCGGGCACAGUUCGGACACUGUCCAAGAGAUGGAAAAAUAUUGUAUUGGUUUGCUAAUAGAGCACGAAAGGCUAAACUUGUACACUGAAAAACUCCUCUUCAAACCAUGAGUGUUACCUCUAAGCGUUCCUGUGCUGCCAUCUGAUGACAAGAAACAAAGACGAUAUGAAAACAAGCCGAUGGGACAGUGUUAAUUUUAUUAUUAAUUUAAUCAACUCGAUUGCCACCUGUUCACUAGAACCUCUUCAUGACUUGUAAAUACACAUGUAAUGUCUCAUCACACCCUCGUUGUAAAAAAAAAUCCACAAGAUAGAAAUCGUUUUUUAUGUAUAUGUUCUUGACAUUCCAAGUAUAUAUCUAACUCAUUUCGUUCUUACCUCGAGUCAGUUGUUAGUACUGAUAAUAGCUGCUAGUGAAUACCUUUUACUUUAUUAAUGUCAAGCUUCGGUUCACGUGAUCGGCUUGGCGACUAGGAAUAUUAUUAUUUUAGUAACUCUUCAGACACUCCCAAAGGACAGUCCUUCCAUCUGGUAGGAUAUUUAGUUUUUAUUUUAAAUAAGUGUCCAUAAAAUGUUUUGCUACUAGUCAAAAGACUGUAUAAGGUUUUAUCGCAUUGAAAACUUGGCAUAUUUACUUCAGUUUUUGUUGUCUAUUUAAAAAUGGUUUAUUAAAAUUGUUAGAACCUUGACAAAAUACAAACUGUCGUUUUGUGAAAUGUUAUCACGCUGAAGAGUAAACAUUAUUUGUUUGUUAUUAACCACAAAACUAAACAAUGCGCUGUUUGUGUUAUGUGCCCACCACGGUUAUCGAAAUACGACUUUUAUCAUUAAGUUACUGAGAUCUAAAGUAAUAUAAACCACGUUUACAGUCUGGAUAAUAUUUUUCUCUUUUGUAAUUUCGUUUCAUUUUGAUUUAUUUUUCUUGCAACUGGGAUACAUUUAUCUUCCUCCCGUUUCUUCAUUCCAACAGAAACUUGUAGAAACAUGAAUUUUAAAAUAGGCACUUUGCCUAAGUUAUGUGCUAUUUACUUUAAAUAUUUUAGUAUUACGUUUUUACAUAUCUAUAAGUCUGUAUAUAAAUCGACUCUUUUUUUUUUUGUAGAUUACAUGUUGACUGAACUUGAAAUUUGUCAGUUGGCUUUUUUGUAUUGUUACGUCUCC